AUGAGUUUCAAGCCGGUUGAACUUCACGAUAAACUCAGUUAUGGUACUAUGACCCUUACUGCUACGCCAGAACCAAAACCAAUUGAAACAAAUGUGGAAACUGUUCAGUAUGUAGUUGAUAAGUUUAAUGUUAAUUUUAUUAACUGGGGGGAGUAUUACGAUCAGACCCUUGAUGGACCUGCUAAUUUGGUCCUCAUGAGAAAGUUUUUGGAGUCAAAUGACAAUGAAACAAAUAGAAAGUUGGUGUUUUCAAUCAUAGGUAGUUACAAAAUGAUAGGACAUAAGCCACAAGGAUCCAAGGAAGGUAUCACUGCGUCAAUUAAGAAUAUUUUGAGCUAUUUUCCUCAAGAUAAGUUUGAAAGACCCAAAAUUUUAUUUGGAGCUGCUAGAAGAGAUCUUGAAAUUCCGUAUGAAAAGACCAUUGAGUACAUUGCUGAUUUCGUUAAAUCUGGUGAUAUUGACGGGAUUUGUCUUUCUGAAGUAGGUGCCGAAUCAAUUAGGAAAGCCGUUGGUGUAUUCCCAAUUUCUGCCGUUGAAUUAGAAUUAUCUUUAACUUGUCAAGAUUUAAUCUAUAAUGGUGUUUUAGAAGAAUUGGCUAAACAGCAAAUUCCAAUUUUUGCCUAUUCUCCAAUCGCCAAAGGUAUUCUUACCGAUUAUACUGUUGAAAAUAGUGAAUCCUUCCUUGAUUCACUCCAUGAAAAAGAUUUUAGACGUCAUUUCGAUAAAUUCCAACCAGAAAACUAUAAGCACAAUUUACAAGUGGUUAAGAAAUUGUAUGACUUUGCUCACAAUAAGAAGAACACUUCUUUGGAAUCAUUAGCCUUAUCGUGGAUCUUGAAACUUUCCGAAUUACCUGAAUUCGAAGGUAUCAAAAAUCUCCCCAAGAUUAUCCCAGUUCCAGGUGGUAGUACUAUCGAAAAAAUGGAUAAAAACUUCGGUAAUAUCGUGGAAUUGUCCGAUGCUGAUUUGGCAGAAAUUCAAAGUAUUACCAAAGGUUUUGAAGUUAAAGGAGUCAGAUAUAAUGAACGCACAGAAGCUUUACUUUUUGCUUGA